AUGGCGCGCGGCAGUAGGAAGCUGCUGGAAGUCGAGAAGGCAAUGGAGCGGGGGCAUCAUUUUGACCCUGCAUCCUGUGCUACUCGAGACAAGGCAUCGUGUGUUACUUGGAAUCAGGCAACCUGUGCUACUGCACACGAAUGGCUCGACCUACCAUCAGAAGUUGAACACCAUGGUGCGCAGCGGGAAACUGCUAGAAAGAAGGCAAUGGAGCAGUCAGGCAAAGGAAGUCAACGGACUGAUCAAGCAAGAAGGUAUCCUACAUGCUCUGUACGGAGUAUUUCUGCCCUACGUCAAAGAAGGCGAACUGUGCUGCUCGUAAUCAGACAUCGUGUCCUCCAUCAGAGAAGGCAUGGUCCGACCUGCCAAAGACAGCCAUGGGGCGCGGGGGGAAGCUGCUGGAAGCUGAGAAGCAACGGAGCGGGCAUCGGAUUGACCCUGAACGGAGAACCUCUGUGCUACAUCAAAAGAAGGCAUCGUGUGCUACUCGAAAGAAGGCAUCCUGUGUUACUUAAAAGCAAGCAGACUGUGCUACUUCAAACUAGGCACAUUGUGCCGCUACGUACGGAGUACGAAUGCUGGAAGCAAGCAACCACUCCAGACUUACUCCGUAGAAGUUGGAAAGGCAACUAUGGCGCGCGGCGGACAGCCGCCGAUAUUUGUAUUAAGGACGAGAAGGCAGGAAUGUCGUCAGGCAAAAAGAAGGCAACAGAGAAAGGCCGUCAGGCAAAAGAAGGCAAACGAGCGAGAAGGCAAGAACGCAGACAGCAAACUGUGCUACAUGAAAGAAGGCAACGGGUGACCUCUGCCACGUCAAUGAAGGCAACCUGUGCCACGUCAAAGAAGGCAGACUGUGCCACACCAAAGAAGGCGACCGAUGCGACGGCAUGCGGAUGCCUAUCGCCCACUCGAUACUCAGAAGUCGAAAAGGCAGCAAAGGUGAUUAGGCAAAGAAAGGCGUACGUACAACCUUACCACUUGAGUACUCUACAGAUGUCGGAAAGUCGACCAAGCUUUCCUCUGCCUUCGUGCCUCCGUCCUACAUCAAAUAAGGCAACAAGUGCUACGGAGUACUUGGAAGAAGGCAACCAGUGCCGCGGCAGGCGGAUGUGUAGACCGCCAACCACCCGAGGCUCAGAGGUCGAGAAAACGACCAUGGCACGCGGCGGGAAGCUGCUGAUAUUUGUACAAGCGACAGGAAGGCAGCGGGAUGAUCAGGCAAAAGAAGGCAACGAGAUCUGGCAACGGGGUGAUCGAGCAAAAGAAGGCAACGAGAUCUGGCAACGGGGUGAUCGAGCAAAAGAAGGCAACGAGAUCAGGCAACGGAACGAUCGAGCAAAAGAAGGCAACGAGAUCAGGCAACGGGAGCAGGCAAGAGAGCGAUCAGGCAGUGGGAUUGUCGAGCAAAAGAAGGCAGCCUGUGUCACUUCAGAGAAGGCAACGGGACGAUCAGACGAAAGAAGGCGACGAAAUCAGGCAAGGGAGUGA